AUGACUAAAAAAGACGAUAUAAUCCUCACUACCAAGUCUCUUGAUUCCAAAGAGCAUGUAGACGAGGAAGCAUACGGGCCCGAUGGAUCCUAUGUCCCUCGUGACGGAGACAUCGUUACCAAGUCUGGCAAUGUCAUUACUGAAAGUGGCAUUGUGCUCAAACACACGCCCACCUCUGGCUCGUCCGACGUUGAAAAGCUCGGUGACGAUGUUUCCGAUCACAAGGGCCUGCGUGUAUUCUACGGCAAGUCCCAUAUUUUCCAGGACCCUGAAGUGGCUGACUAUUACCGCGGAGUUUACGAGAAGGCUACCUAUGAAGGCCGUUUCCAUUUCGACCCCGAAUUCACCUGGGAACCUGCUGAGGAAAAAGCUCUUGUCCGUCGUCUUGAAUGGAAAGCUUGCUUUUGGGCUUGUAUCAUGUUUAUGGCCCUUCAGCUCGAUCGUGGAAACAUUGCUCAGGCCCUCUCAGAUAAUAUGCUCAAUGACCUUGGCCUCACUACUAAUGAUUACAAUACUGGUCAAACCAUCUUUUAUGUUUCUUUUCUUGCCGCUGAACUGCCCUCCCAACUUGUCUCUAAGAAACUGGGACCCGACCGCUGGAUCCCUGCUCAAAUCACUCUUUGGUCCAUUGUUGCUAUUUGCCAGUCUCAACUUUCAGGCAAAGGCUCAUUUUAUGCUACCCGUGCAAUCAUUGGGCUUCUUGAGGGUGGUUUCAUUGCAGAUACUAUUUCUUGGCUCUCGUACUUUUAUACAGGCACAGAGCUACCUGUCCGGUUGUCUUUCUUUUGGACCUCCCUCACCCUUACUCAAAUAUUUUCCUCUCUGGCAGCAUUUGGAAUUCUACGCAUGCGCGGAGUUGCUGGCUGGGGCGGCUGGCGUUGGCUCUUUUUGCUCGAAGGCUUGCUCACCUUGUUAAUUGGCAUUGCUUCCUUUUUCAAAAUGCCUGCUUCUCCAGUCCAAACUCGCGCACCUUGGAGACCUAAAGGCUGGUUCACUGAGCGUGAGGAAAAAAUUAUUGUCAAUAGAGUUCUCCGUGAUGACCCCUCUAAAGGCGAUAUGCACAACCGUCAAGCUGUUUCCAUAAAACAACUCUGGUACUCCCUCAUUGAUUACGAUCUUUGGCCUCUUUAUCUCAUUGGUCUCGUUGCAUAUAUCCCCACUUCCACUGUCAGCGCCUAUAUGACACUUACUUUGCGCCAACUUGGGUUCUCGACUUUUGACACAAACCUACUUACCAUUCCUGCCAAUGUAGUUCACAUUGUUUUUCUUCUUGUGCAAACCUAUCUCACUGAGUACUUUAACGAACGUUCUCUUAGUGCAACUCUCCAACCUCUUUGGAUCUUGCCCUGCAUUGGUACUCUUGCCUUUUGGUCUGGGUCCCUCACCGAUGUUUGGGGGACUUACGCACUGCUUACUGUUUUGCUUUCCGGACCUUACAUCCAUGCUAUUUUGGUGGGCUGGUGCUCCCGAAAUUCAAAUACGGUUCGUACCCGUACUGUUUCAGCUGCCGUUUACAAUAUGUUUGUGCAGGCUGGUGGUAUCACAGCUUCCAACAUUUACCGCAAGGAUGAUGCUCCUAAGUACCGUAGGGGUAACAGAGUGCUGUUUGGUAUCACCUUUGUGUCGCUUUCUCUUCUUCUUUUUACAAAAGCCUAUUAUAUUUGGAAAAACCGUUCUCGUGAAAAGGUUUGGAGCGCAAUGACCCCUCAGGAGCAGCACCAUUACCGUGCAACUACAACUGACAAGGGAAACAAACGGCUUGAUUUUAGAUUUGCCCAUUAA